AUGAAGGCAUAUUAUGAGGCCACUGAAGAGCCGGGGUCUGAGGUGCCCUCAACGUCGACAGCAGUUGGCAAUCAAUCGCCCGAACGAGAACUGCCUAUAUUGAGCUCUGAAAUUUCUGCCGGUAGGUAAUAUACGUGUCUAAACGAAUAAUGGGUAAAGAGUCCGGGGAUUACAUGGACGACACAAACGCAGUUGGAGGCAAGUCCUUUCUGGGUGCUUUGAAAGAAUUCACCCUCGAAAUGCAAAUGGUCUUAUCUAAUACAAAGAAGUUGUUUAAUAUGUUGCGUCAUUUCCAUCCGAAGGUACCUAAGGACCCACGGACACUACUGCUAACGCCUCGAGUGUACCAUAAGAAGCCCCUAGGUAACGGCACCUACGUUCACUUGGGUCUCACAGAUGAGCUUCGUCUUCGUUCGAGAGCAAGUAUUUCCGAUAUACGCAUUCAAGUGCACAUCGACGGGAUGAAAUUUUUUAAAGAGUCUAACCAAUUCCCAUGGCCAAUACUAAGUCGUAUCAGCCAUCCGGUAGUUAAACAACCCUUUGUUGUCGGCCUUUUUCCGGAACUAAUAAGCUGGAGCCCCUGGACGACUUCUUGAAUGACUGUAUAAUGGAACUGAAGGGUUUAAUUGCUACUGGCCCGUGUGUCCCGUUGACAGGAAGGGUUGUUAGGGUAGCCCUAGAGAAUAUCGUCUGUGAUUCGCCCGCUCGAUCUUACGUCAGAUAAGUGAAAGCCCAGAAUGGCUAUUAUGGAUGUGACAGGUAUGUUGUUUCGUACAGAUAACAUCAGUUACUGUAAAUAUUGUCAUGUUGGGUGCACCGUUGUCAACCGCAUGACAUUCCCUACGUACAGUGACCCGUUGCGGGGCAACAGGUCAUUUCGAUUGCGAAACCAGGCACUGCACCACAAGGUCAGGUCGCCUUUUGAGGAUUUACCACUCGACAUGGUAGCCUCAUUUCCAAUCGAUUACAUGCACUUUGUUUUUCUGUGUAUAAUGCGGAAGUUGAUUCACUUGUGGCGACUAGGGCCAAGGUUGUCUGCUCAACUUAAUGUCUCUAUCGAAAGAUGCAGUCAGUGUCUGCCGGCGGAAUUUUCUCGCAGGUACAAAGCUCUUGACUCUCUCGAAUAUUGGAAAGCUGCCGAAUAUCGCAAUUCCUAGUGUACAUAGGUCCUACCGUUUUUUUCUCCUUUUCUCGAUACUCCCCGUUAUCACCACUUUUUUGUUAUUGAGCGCCGCCAUUUACAUAUUUUGCCACCCAACCUUACAUACAUCCUGGAUUGAUUUUGCCCGUCUCAUGUAAACAGUUUUGUUAUUGAUGUUCGCCAAUUGUGUAAUCCAACAAACACUGUAUAUAAAAUGCAUUACCUCCAUCACCUCCAUGAAGAAUGCUGUCGUUUUGGAGUGUUGGAUAGGUUUUCUGCAUUCCCCUUCUAUUCCUUUUUGCAAACAUUUCGCAGCAUCAUAAAAGGGCCGCAAACUUAGCCGUUAAGGUGUACAGGCGGUUUGUAGGAAGACGCCUGCCUGAGUUGCCAGCAUCUCCAUUGGUGCUGGACGACGAUGAUGGAGUAGCACGGCCUUUUCACUUGCGCCGCAGCUCCGGUGCCGUUUUACACAAUGAAUACGUCUUGUCGACUAAAGCGCCGGAUGACGUGGUACUGAUUGGCGACAGACCGUGUGUACUGACAUCUGUUUCGGCUGACAGAAUUCGGCCUUUGAUGACUCCAUUUAUGCACAUUAAGUUGCAUAUUAACUGUCGGGUUAAAUUUGCAAACAUUUACAGUUGUGUUAGAAUCAAAAUAAAACGCAAUAAAGAACGAUUGUUGUUGUUCAGGCUAAAUUACUGCAGAAGCACAAUAGGGUGCGAAGUGUUUGCAAGGUUGAUUGUAAGAAAUAAAUUGGCCAAAAUCUAGUUUUGUCGAAAACAUGCAAUCAGGUAUUCGUUCAAAAGCGAAUAUGAUGUCUACUCUCACCACCUACCUUGGUAGCGAGUUCUAUGACCGGAGUAAUCGUUGACCGAAGAAAAAUUUCCCAACCUUGUGCUGAUGGCCGUUUAGGUAAAUUGGGCGCGCAAACUCGAAAAGUCAUCAGGUGUCGACGAGCAACAUGGCCAUGGGCGAUCCGGAAUGUCCACAGCAGGUAACUCCCUACGUGCCUGUCAGACAGGAGGAUAAAUCGGGUUCUUUCAUGCUAUCCUGGUACUAUAAUUCCUUAGGACCAUUGGCAAACUUGGUUGCUGUACGUUGCACCUGUUUGAAGAGAUCAAUACCUUUCCUUAUUCAUGGUGUCCAGAUUGACAUUCCGCAGUCCAAAUGUAGACAUACGAAGUUGCCGAAAUUUUUUCCGUGGAGUUCAGAAAGAAAUAUUUUAAACACAAGCCUAAUGCAGUGCAACGUACUAGCUGCCUUCUGAAUCACCUUCAUACAACGUCCUGGUGACACGAAAUCUGCUGUCUCCACAUAUCUUAGUACACUUACCGUCGAUAAAGUACUGGUGUUUAGAGGUAGUUUUGGCCGACGCUAUGAUGCACGAGCAGGUAUUAAGAUACAUUAAAUCUGGAAGGUCAUUUGUUUGACCAAAUAUUUUGUUUAUCUGUGUUCGAUUACCUCUUUUGGCGUCGUUAACACAGUCGACGUCAGCCCAUGGUUUAUAUUCUCGGCAACUAUGGCAGUUUCAUUAUCCAAGUCCAUGAUGUAAUGAUUCACCCAGAUCAGGAGUGGCAGGCUUAACACGGAACACUGUAAGGCACCAUUUUUCAUCACGACCCAUUCCACGGUGGAAUUAAUAACAGCAAAUCUCUGUAUUAUAGAGGACAGGAAGCUUCCAAUCUGUUUGAACAGCCAUGCUCGACUUCUAAUUGCCCAAAUCUUCGGUAAAAUGAGUCGGCAUUGUACGCUAUUAAAGGCUUUGCUGAAAUCAAAUGGUACAGCACCUAUUGGAUUACACUUGUCCGCGGCCUCCACCCGCUUCUCAUUCGAGUUAGGAAUACCAGCGAAGCAAGAAUGUCCGCGGCGAAACUCACGUUACGCUUGAUCAACAGAUUAUUUUCCUCCAGAUACUGCUUUAGAUGUCUUUUUAAUAACGUUUUCAAUUAUUUUGCAGAAUAGGCAUGUUAGUCUGACUGAAUGGCAAUUUUUGGUGUAUAUCCACGAUCCUCCUCAAUGGAUCGAAUUUGGUUUCGAAUCUCCAGCAUCAUUUCAUUUCUGUUUACUAAAAAAAUAGAAUUGAACCUUUGAGUACCCCAUUUGCAGCGUAAAAUUGGGUUCGGUGUACAGAGAAACCAUGUGGGUCGAAAUAAUUCAAGUGGGCACAUGAUAGUACGACAAAUUGGACAAGGGUUGAGCUCGAUCCCUUAUCGGUCUUGCCCACUUCGGAAUAUGAAUUUGUCAAAAUUCGUUUAAAACUUUCCAUCGAUAGUGAUAUCACAACAUCAGCGGAUAGGGUAUCCCAUGACUUGCCCACUCAGUCAGAGAAGGCCUUCCGCAAACCCAUUCUUGCCUGAUGAAUGCGCAGCUCUAGUGGAUGACCUCGGAGUUUGGCCAUGGUAGCAAAUUCAAAAAAAGUCCUUAAAAGCCAGGCUUAGGUCCAAUCCCUUCAUAAUGCGUGAUUUUUGUAAAAGAACCACGCGCAGUUUCCUAUACCUCAAAGGACAUGUCAGAAACAACACGAAGGGCUUGUCUUAAAUUCUGGAAGGUGACCCUGUUAAUCCACUUCAGGAUAAGGCGAACCGAGCUAGGAAGAGAUCCCAAGAGUGCGUUUACGGAAGCGAGUAUGCGGACUCUGUGUACAGUACAUUGCAGCAGAGCAACGACUGUGAAACAGGUUGAAGCUAGGGCAUCAUACACUAAUUGGGGUACCAUAACUCCAACGUCAGACGGAAAUCAAGCUUACGUCGAUAUUUAAUAAUGUAAUAAUUUUUUUAUUUAAUGCCAGUUUACAGGCAUUGCCAGGGAAGCGUUAAAUCCGGCCAGCAGUGAAAAAAAAACUCCUGCGGAAAAGGAAAAAAUAUAGUUGAUGGUGGUUUUGUGGAUUGGUUGGUUCAGGCGAAAAAAAACUGCUGGCGACAAGCUUUCGAACGUCAAGAAGGGAGAGGUUGCACGGUAUCGGAUAUAAUCAGUCGCCAAUUUAUUUCAUAAAGUUAGGGUUAGUCCAACCAGAAGCGCCGAAGAACAGCUGUCGCUGUUGGCCAAAGAAAUUGUCCCUGGUGAGAUCGGCCAUAGUGAUCAGAGACCACAAACGCCAUCGCUACGGUAGAGUCGAUCAGUGGAUUCAGCACCCAAAAUGUGUAGGAGCUUUUCACAAGCUCUCGACCGUCAAGAAGGGGGGGUGCACGGUACCGGAGAUUAUCAGAUGCCAAUUCCUUUCAUGAGGUUGGGGAUAGUCAAACAUAGAGGCGCUCAAGAACAACGGCCGUUGAUGGCCUAAAAAAUUGUCCCUAGUGAGACCGGCCAUAGUGUUCAGAGACCACAAACGCCAUCGCUACGGUAUAGUCGUUCUGUGGAUUCAGCACCCAAAAUUUGUGGGAGCUUUUCUGAAUGCAAAAAUCGAGUAAUAAUUCUCUUAAAUAAAGGAUAAUUUUGCAGAUUUUUCACUUUCAUGGGUAGUUUAUUCCAAAUAGCAAUUGCAUUUACAGAAAAGAACCGACGAUAUUUAACAGUACGUGCUAGAGGAAAAAAUAAAAAGACCUCACGGUGACUGUUACGUCGUGGGUGGAAAUGCUGUCUUAAAGAGGUGAGUGGGUUAAAUGUGUGAUUGUGUAAGAGUUUAAAUAGCAAAAAUAGUCCCUUUUGUAAUCAACAGAACCACAAAGGAUCAAGGCCUGUAAGCCGACAACGUUCUUGGUAAGACAAAUGUCGGUGUUCCGGUGUUAAAACUCUCUUGGUAAAAAAAGUGUUGAACGGAUUCUAUUUUCUUCCGCUCUAUAGCAAGCAUGAGGUUAAAUAAAAACUAACAGUAUUCCAGACCAGGUCUAACGUACAUGUUGUAGAGGCGCAUUCUAAUGUCCCUAGCUUUGAAGUUUCAAAGGAUAAACCCGGUCGUUCUACGUGCUUUGGAGACAAUCAAGGCACAGUGCUUCGAGAGAUUGAGACUCUUGGAGUAUGAUACGCCCAGGUCCUUAAUAACCCCAGGCGCAUUUAUGGCGUGACCUUCAAUACUUAGUUGAGGUUGGCGGUCGUCGCCAACCACCAUGACUGAGCACUUAUGCCAAGAAAGAGAAAGGCGUCAUGUGCGGCACCACUGGGCGAAAGCCUGCAGAUUGCUCUUUAGGAGCUCAAGACGAUGUCAUGAUCUGCCGGCUUAUAUCGAUAUGCAACUUUAAGAUUAUCGGCAUACAUGAAAGGCUUACCAUUCUGAAAUAAAUCGGGUACAUCAUUAACGAAAGGGCAAAAUAAAAGCGGGCCGAGUACACUACCCUGAAUGACUCCACUCCUCACACGUGUGGGGCUGGAGAUGGUAUUGGAAAUCUUAACUCGUUGUGUACGAGUGCCCAGGUAAGAGGAAAUAAAAUUAAAAAGUUUGCCACCUAUUCCGAAAGAGGACAGUUUCAAGAGAAGAAGAGCGUGGCCAACACGAUCAAAAUCCUUUGUGAAAUUGAAAUAUACUGCGUAAAGUACAAAACCAUUGUCCCUAGAUUGGAGAACAAAGUCAAAGAAAGAGAGCUGACAGGUGUCACAAGACCGAGCUUUGAGGAAUCCUUGCUGAACAGCACUCAGUAGGUUAUUCUCUGUUAAGUGACACACAAGGUAGGAUAAGUUUCACUUUCAAGAUCGAGAUUAAAUAUCUUGCAUAAGAGGGAUGGGAAAAUCGUAUUUGCAUCGGUUUUUAAAAUACUUACUGGGACACCAUCAGGGCCUGGACUAUAAGAUUGACGAAAACGCCGAAUCGCAGCAGUCACAUCCCACAGAGUGAAAGUUAUAGUUUCUUGAACUGCUUCGGUCAAUGCCUGGCUGGUCGGGAGCGGAGUGGUCGAGUCUUCAAUAAACGUUUUGGACAGGAAAUCAUUGAAGCUAUCAGCGAUUAACUGGGCAUCAACUAUGGGAUUUCCGAGAGCGUGUCGGAGGAUGGGAUGCUGCGUCUUAUUAAUUAUUACUCCUAGGAGUUGUCACCGUGGUGGGCUAUCUUCCUAACGUGGUUGGGUUAACAAAGAUGGCCUAAUAGUCCAGAUCAUGGAGUCUUUCCUAUAAUCAAAACCUGUCGUAACGAGGACUGGGCCUCCCCGACAAAACGAUCACUUAAUGUCAUCUGCGCAAAUAUGCAAAGCCUGUCUUACAAGCUGGACGAAUUUAGAAACUUAUAUGAUGGAGUUAAACAAGAUAUCAUGGCUUUCCCAGAAACCUGUAUUUCGGUAGAUAUCGCUGACUCCGACAUAUCACUCAGGGGUAUGAACACUUCAGAAGAGAUAGACGAAGCCCAUUAGGAGACGAAGGAGGGGGGGGGUACAUAUUUUAUGUCACUUACAGGAUAAUCGCUAUGGGUUAGGUACAUAGUCCGGUAUGGGGUGUAGGCUGUUUAGCAUCACUAUAUCAGUUAACUACGUCCGACCACUAACGCGUUCGGUGGCGCACCGUUCGCCAAACCAGAUUUUUACCACGAUUACGUUCUUUUAUCUGAACUUUAUAAAGUCAGUGAGAAGAAAGAGGAUUUUAUCGUCGGAGAUUCUAAAGCUCUUCUUAUUAGCUGGCAAACGUGGACCACAAGAAACUGUCAGAUAACUUUUAUUAUUAACUAUUUCAAAAUGCGACGGGCUAACUUCUUUAACAAAACGUCACCUUUGAAACACAGACUAGGGAAGGACAACGGUAAAACUGCCUUGACCAUAUAUUUGUCCGAAAGGAAGAAGAUGUGCUCGACAUAGAGAAUCUACCGCAUAUGGGGUCAAUCAAUCACAUCACAUUGAGCCUCAAGUACUUAACAAUUUCUUUAUGCAUUUUCCAGGAAGGUGAAAGAGAAAUACUUUGGGGAGGGACUAUCUGUUUAUAUAAAGAGAAGUGAAAGACACGUUCAGUUCAGUUUAGUUCAGUUCAGUUUAUUGAGGGAAAUAGGCGUUCUUGGCUGAAAUAGUUCGAACACGCCCAUAAUGGUGGGAAAAAAUCAGAAGGAAUUACAGGGGGUGAGCUCGACUUCUCAUCCCUCUUGUUCAUUUCGGAACAUAAAUAUGUCCAGAUUCUUUUUAAAAGUUUGUAUGGAUGGUGACAUCACAACAUCUGCGGGAAGCUCAUUCCAUGGUUUGACCACUCGAACCGAGAAGGAGAACUUCCGCACAUCUAGCCUUGCUUGUUGGGUGCGCAGUUUGAACGGGUAACUCGUAGGUUGGUAGUGGUAGCAAAUUCAAUAAAGUCCUCGAAGGCCAGACUGCAAUCCAACCCCUUUACAAUGCGGAAGGCUUGCAAGAGAUCCCCGCGAAGUUGCCUGUAACUCAAAGGAAAGAGGUUCAGAUUUACUAGGCGGGUUGCAUAAGGAAAGGAGCUUUGACCCCUAACCAUUCUCGAUGCUCUCCUCUGGACUCGUUCGAGGCAGUUUUGAUCCUCGACCGCCCACGGCCUCCAGGCUUCUAUGCCGAACUCUUAAUGCGGCCGAACGAAUGUUCCGAAUGUCUUUGAGAAAGCCCCUUCGUCAAAGUCCAUAAACGCACGCUUGAUGGCGUACAAUACAGACAUUGCGUUUUCUGCUACCCUCGAACAAUGGGCGGAUGGUUUAAGAGAACUUGUCGUCAGAAGACCGAGGUCCUUUUGGGCUUCGACCUCUUGUAGGGCCGCACCGCCCAGAAAGUAGUCUCUUGUGCUGGCCGAUCUGGCUGUGUUGCCUAGGCGAAGUAUGCUACAUUUGGUAACGUUGAACCGCAGGAGCCAACGGUUUGACCACUUCUCCAACCGAUUCAGGUUUAUCUGUAGUCUGUCUUCGUCGGCAGGACCCCGAAUAACACUCCAUAUCUUCAUGUCAUCGGCGAACAUUGCUACUUUGCAGUCCAAAGCUCCUGCGGCAUCGUCCACGUAGAUAAGGAACAAAAUGAGUCCCAGUGCUGAACCCUGGGGGACACCACUCCCGACCGUAGAGGGAUUUGAUUUUCCCCGACCGAUGCACACAGCCUGGUGUCGACCCAAAUGGUAGUUCUCGGUCCAUUUAAGAAAGUUGUCACCGACUCCUAUUUUUUAAGUUUAUGUAAGAGCCUUUGGUGUGGCACAGUGUCGAACGCCUUCUGGAAAUCGAUGAAGGCUAUGUGGACCGCGUGCUUCUCGUCGAGAGCUCGGGUCCAGCUCUGGAGAGAUUGCAGCAAGCUUGUCGUGCAGGAUCUUCCUUUUCGGAAUCCAUGUUGGCAUCUCGAUAGCAGGCCGAGAACUUCCAGGAAUUGCAUCAGCUCACUCUUUAUGAUCCUUUCCAUAACUUUGCAGAGAAUGCAUGUCAAGCUUAUGGGUCUGUAAUUUGUCGUCGCUGCCCUGUUACCUCCUUUGUGUAGCGGAGUAAUAUGCGCCGGCUUUCAAUCGAUAGGAAGUGUUGCAGUGUCAAAUGACGUUUGAAAGAGCAUCGACAAAGGCACAGAAAGCUCACUGGCAAGCUCAUUGAGAAGCUUGGGUGGAAUCUCGUCUGGUCCUGGCGACUUCGAUUCGUUCAAUGCCUCUAAUUCCCUUCGGACAAUGCCUUCUGAGAAGAGUAUAUCACUGACGCUUGGAGUCGGCAGUUCUUCUGUGGAGGGAGGAAGGAACCCUGCCUCGUUGGUGUAGACUGAUUGGAAAAACUGUGAAGAAUACGCAGCUUUAUCUCUACUAUUAGCAAUCUCAACGCCAUCAGUAGUCCUUAUUAAGGGAAUUUGAUGCCUGUUCCCUGUACUUCGUCGGAGGUAACUGUAGAGUAAUUUUGAAUUCUGCGUUGCUUUUUGUAGCAAGUUCUUCUCGAAUUUCCGCCGCGUCUUCAUGAUCAGGUUCCUCAGUUUGUUCCUCUGUGUCUUGUAGGUGUUGAAAUAUUCAACUUGCCCGGUGACGCAGUAUUUUCUCCACAAUUUGUGCUUCCUGUUGAUUUCUUUCUUAAGGUUGUUAUUUAGCCACUCAGGGCGUUUGUUCAGUCUUACACUAGUCAGUGGGCAGUGGUUGUUGAUGAGCUGCAGAAGGACAUUCUUGAACAGCUCCCAGUCAUCGUUGGCACUUCCCGUAAACAAUGAGCCCCAUUCAAGUCCGGAUAAGUCUGCUCUCAUCUGAUUGAAAUCUCCCCGCCAAACGUUCCGUCUUUUUUGGUCUGGAGUAUGUGAAAUGGAGAAUAACUAAUAAUCCCACAUAAGUGCUACGUGAUCACUUCGGCCAAGGGGCGGCGUGGAGAUGAUCUCGUCUAUGCUAUCUGGUGUUUUCGUAAAAACCAGAUCCAGGCAAUUUGCCCUUUGUCCUUCACGUGUUCUCGUUGGGAACAUUACAUGUUGUGUGAGGGACGCAUUUUAUGUUUUGUUCAGCAGACGGUAAUCGAAUGCCGAUUUCGGACCUGACGCUUGGAGGGUAUUCCAGUUUGUUCCUGGUGCGUUGAAGUCGCCCAUGAUCAUGAUGUUAAAUCGACUGGAAAAUUUCUCCAACUGCUCCAAUAGUUGAGUGUCGGCGAUUCGGUCUGUCCUAGGUGGUCGGUAGACAGUGAGGACAUCGAGACACGGGGAACCGGUAGCCUUGAUGGUCAGCCAAAUAGCUUCCGUGCCGCACGCAAACUUGGUGGUGUUUUCCGACACUGCCAGGUCCUCAUUCACAUACACAACUAUACCACCACCCUGACGAUGCUCCCUGUCCCUUCGAUAAAUUUGGUAUCCAGGCAAGGCUACUUCGCUAUCGCUUAUAUUCCUGGACAGCCAAAUCUCGGUUACUGCUAAAACAUCUGGAGACAGCUCGACAAGGCAAAGUUUUAGUUCGUCUAGUUUCGAUAUGAGGCUUCGGGCAUUCGUGUACAAGCACCUCAGUUUUGCACCAGCCGAAUUUCCCGUUGUAUUUGUUAAUGUUGUGAGCAUUACUGCGUUAUCUCGGACGGCAAGUUCUCUGGGCUCUUCCGUUACCUGUUGGGUACCAUUUAUAUCCGUUGUUUCAGUCAGAUCACUGGACGUUACGGGCUUACUUGUGUUGCCGCCUUGAGCAGGUGGUUCAACGAAGGUGUAUGUGUUAGCUGAGUAGCUGCCGUCGUUCUUAGUAUUACAGGCUGGUUCUACUCAAACGGCAUAUAUUUCCGAACUACCUUCCCCUUGAAGAUAGCCAGAUUGUGUUCGCCACCCUUCAGUCUUGACUUUAACUCCAAGACAAGUUCCCGGCGUUUCAACCGUUCCGCUGGUGAAUAGUCUGGUCGAAAAAAACCUGUUUGUGUGUGUUUCUGAGGUCAGUUUUUUUAGAAAGGAUCAACUUGAUUUGCUCUUUGUUCCCCAGCAUAAUUUUGAGGGGACGAGGUGGUUGUGCUACUGUCCUGUCUUCACUCCUUUUUCCUAUCCGGAAUGCUUUCAGAACCUUUAUUUCCAUGUCUGCCGGCAGUAAAUGAUUUAGCAGACCAUGAAAAGAAGCAAGGUCCUCUGAGACACGGUCUUCAGGUCUGACUGCAUUCGAUUCCGACAAACCCUGAAUAACCAGACACUUUUGGCGAGCAUGGUCCUCCUUACUUUGUCUUUCCGGUGAAUUCGCUGCAUGUGGACGAGGACGAUUUACGGAGUCGUCGCUUGGACGCACACAUUUGCUGUCUACCGAUUGUCCCGAGCAACCCAUCAGAGGUGGUUGUGAGUUCAGACUCCUGUCGUGACGUUUCCCUCUCCCCUCUACCCACGGGUUUAUGACUUCGCAUUCAGAUACGUGCUCUGUAGUGCGCUCGGGGUGGUUGCCAGAACAAGAGGGCAACAGUAGACUGGAUGACCCAGGUAGAUCGUCUCCAGACAGAAGAGAAUUCCCGUCACUUACAGCAAGAGGCUUAGGCGAUAUGGCUUCCGCGCCAGGUAAUUUUUCUGUGACAUCGCUUAAGACAUCUUCCAUGGGAACCGAGUCUUCCCUUAUCGGCGGCUUCUUUUUCGUUGUCCUGCUAUUACCAGCGUCUGCGGUUUUGGCUACUGAGUUGCAAUUCGUGUUUGAAGAUGCCCCCGAGGAGAUUUUUUUCGCGUUUUUUUGUGUUUUGCUCUUCGUUUUUGGGACUCUAACACUGAAUAUGUUCUGGUCGUCUAGGGUCUGUUUCACAGGCGUCCUUAAAUCAGCAAACUCCUUUUCCAGUUGUUCUACUUUUAUUUGGAUAUCUGCGCACCCAGCACAAGGCUCGUCUUCGUACCUAACACUUUUUGCGGUAGUUACGCUUUUUGCACGCUUUGCUGGUCGUUGGCUGGAAGCGCAGGUUGAGCGAGCACAGGUUCUAGAUGCGAAGGAUAUCUCACCAGACUUAUCUUCCAACGAAGUGCCGUCGCUGGCCGUACUAUUACAGUUAGCUUGCUGAGACUCCAUAAACUUGGACAUGAUAUAAUAGGUAUAAUUUCGCUUUCGAUGUUAUGACGAAAACGUCGGCUUGUAUAUGACGAAUUAAAGUGUGUGUUCAAAACUCAAUAAGCGAAAAAAAUACUUAAAAUCCGAUAAAUUUUGUGGGUUUAAUCAGAAGCGACUUAGCCCCUUGCAGAUCUCGUGGGACUUGAAUAACUUCCCCCCCCCAUAGCGACAAUUUUCGCGGUUUUUGAUGUCAUCUCCCGCAUUCCGACCUCAUGCGGUCUGUCGACGCUCACGGCGGAACCCUCCGUAUUCACUGUCUACUAGUAGUUCGGUCGUACCUCCCUUCCUCACUGCUCGGCUGAGCUCGAAGCGUGCUGUGGCCGAUCGCAUCUCGGUUCCUCUCGUCUGGCCUCUUUGACGCGGCGUACCAAUCCGGCCCAGACGAUCUCAAUUGUGAAUCCCGUAUACAAUGCCAUUUGCAAACCAGUCCUGUCUGACCCACAUUCGUACCCAACAAGGCGGACAUUUAUUGAUACCCUGACGAUGACCGAAAACCUUCCGUUAUAUACCGCCAUCUACAGGCCAGUCCUGCUGGCUUUUUUUCUGUUAUUAUUUUUAAAGAGGGGUUUUUUCUCCUGUAAAAUUAAUCCAAUCAUUUUUCACUUUUUCUUAGGAGUUUUUUUCACCCCUCAAUCUUCAUGUUUCUCAAUGGACUUCUAAUUCAGAAACUAUGAAUUGCAUUUUGUAAAGAUUCAGCCUACUUCGUCUAAAACUCGUAUGCAAAUUUAUUUUAACUUGCUUUGAUGGGACCCCGACGGGUCUUUAAUAAAAAUUAUCUAUCUAUCUAUCUAUCUAUAACUGCAGACCUUGAAGGAUUUGAUGGGUUUCCUAGGCUGUAUAUCCGCGAUUCGGUUGCGUAGCCAGUUCCCUUGUCAAAUGGGCCGCGCUGAUAAACAAAUUGCACUUAAUCCAGGUUCCUGGCGAAUUUCGAUGCGUAAAAAAUAUUCCAAAAAUGCACAAAGCAAUUCUGUACUUACGGUUCCAGUAUCAAUGUCAGAGACGGUAACUGUGAAAUAGUAACCAAGUCGAAAUAGUCCCAGAUGGAGCGCAGAAUAAUUCCGUCGUGCUCAGUUGGGCUCAGUUGGGCGACAGAAUGGAAAUAAAACUGUAUAGUGGAAUAGAUGACCAUUGGAUAACUUUCAUAUCGUUACCGACAUGCACUGCUGACCUCAACUGUCCUUUCAGAGGAAAGAGAAUCUGAAGUUGAAGAUCUCUUUCAAAAAACCGCUUAUGUGGCGCUGCAGACCAGCCGGCUCUGAAGACUACUUACGGUAACUUAAGUGGAAACGGGACAUUUGUUGAAGUGAGGCCAAUAAGCUUAGAAGGAAGUUCAAAUUGAAAAUUUUGUAAAAUUCGCCGGUACAUCCCGAAAUCCUAUAUGGCUACAUACGAAAUAUUAAAAGAAAUCAGGACAUGAUCCCUACCCUUAGGUCUGUAGGCAUAGCACUGGAGACCGACGAACAGGUUAAAGCUUAUCACUCUUAUAAUUUAUUUCAUUCCGUUUCCAUCCGAGAGCUUUAUUCUUUUUCUGCUCUUUCACUUGUUCGUCAAUCAGUGUCUCCUACCUCCUCAUCCCCCCUCCUCCUGCCCCUCCUCCUCCUCCUCCUCCUCCUCCCCCUCUUCCUCCGCCGCCACCACCACCACCACAACCAUUUCUUUCCUUCUCCUUACCCUCCAUAGAGGAACUGCACUUUUCGUCGGGGCUGAAGGACUCCUACUGGAGCCUGCCGAGUCGCCUUGUUCAAGUCGAAUUCCUCCAUUAG